CGCCAACGUUAACUCGCAUGCAUGCGCAAGGCGGUGACUGACUGGCUGCAAUAUUCCUCGUCGUUGCUUCUUCCAGUUCAGCAUGCGUUCUCCUUUGUCUCUUCCCCAUUCCAACAUAUCCGCGUUGCUGUGAUUAUGGCGCACACCAGGGUUGAGAUUCAGCAGGCCUUGAGGCGUACCACGACAUCCACCGUUUGCGAGCCUUGUCUUGUUCAGCCUCUAGAGUCGUACAACGUGUGCUUGUAAUCGCUUCAGCAUGCAAGGGAUCGCACGAAAACGUCACUCACUGUCUAUAUUCACUUUCCCGCACACCAUCACCCACCCUCCCCGCACCGCGCCAUCGCCCCCAGUACCAGAUCCAUUGACGCAAGCGCCACCUCUCUGCUUACACAGCUGGACCCUGUAAACAAUACGUAGCAUGUCGGAUCACGCAGCAGCCUUUGAGGGCUCCGGUUCACCCCCACGGCAGCGCAGUCCUCCCACCGGCAAUCCCAAAUACCACUACGACGGCCUUCAUGAUAUAGGCACGAGUUCAGCUACUAGUGCACCACACACUAGACGCCGCCCAUCACGCACCAGUUCGGGCACCAAAGGUUCUCCACCUUCAGCCUCACCGCCGCGUGGAGACGACCAUGACGAGAGCGAGCAGAGAUCUAAACAGCCUCGCAACACUCUGAAAAAGCUUUUAAGACGCGACUCACAUCAUACCGAGACUGGAUCGACUUCGCAAGCCAAACAGGAAGAGUUAGAUGAGGAGGGCAGUACCAUCGGCUACAUGCCCAGGCUCGGUCAAAUAAGAGAAAGCAAGAGCAAGGUCAGCACACGCUCACGACGGCGAGGGAGCUCUGCCCUUGGUACUCCGGUCGAUCCGAGGGUUCUGCGCCGCCGGCAUACUGGGGACGAGGCUGUGAAGCGCUCACACGCACGUGCUAAACACAGCUCUCUGCAACGGCAUGCUGGAAACAUGGCCAACAUGUCAGACCCCUCCCUGGUCUCUAGUGUGACGCAACAGUCAGAUGCUUUGGGUGGCAGUAACUCUACAGUAAUGCAGAGACCGUACGGCGGUUAUAGCCAAGUCGCCGAGUACCAAGAGUCUGAAGAAAGCGAAAGUCCGCCCGCACCCACGGCGAUGCAGAGUCACGCCUUCAACAACAUGGACGCCACCCAAGCAGGAGUGUUCCAGUUUCUACAGUCUAGCGACGACACUCCUGAAAGUCCUACGCCUACGGACCUCCAGGCUAUGCCUUCAUCGACCAUUGCCUCAUCCUCGUCUUCCUCGUCAGGUGACACUCAGCAUGACGAUGGACGCUCAUCUGUAGCAGCAGACUCACAACAUCCUGACUCCGCUAUGACCUCGCCAGCCUCUACCAGAAGGUCCCUUCAGACAGCAUCACACCAACCCAAUCAGGAAUAUCGUUCCUUCAAGAAGCCAUUGUACGCCAGUAGCUUUGUGCAUGGCCCUGGAGAUGACGUCGAAGCCAACCAAGAAGAGGGUAGUGAAGAGGAGAGUGAAAGUGGGUCAGAAAACGAGGAGGAAGUAGAUCAAGGAAACCAGAUACCCAACAAACGGCCGGCAGUGACGACCCCACCUCGAGCUCCAUCGGCGAGCUCUCAUCAAAGUGAUCCGCACGCCAGACGUCUUAAGCAGCAGGAGCGCGAGCUUGCUAGCCACAUCUUCCAAAGACCACAGCCGUACGGAGAGUACCAAUAUGGUGCAGAGCAACACCCCUACGGCUACCCACCGAUGCCGAUGUACAACCAACAAGGCUGUUCUGGUGCGUCUCCGGCUCCAGUGCCUGCGGCAAUCAGCUCCCCACCAGGAUGGGCACCUAUGCCCUCAUUCCCAGUUCCGCUAGCCAUAGGAUAUGCGCCUCAUCAAUCCCCGGAAGCAGUGCAUGCACAUCCACUAUCGAUACGGCCAGCUGAUGGCAUGCUCCAGCACGUGCCGCCACCUUUCUCCCCACAUCCAGGGCAGCCGCCACUCUAUCAACAGCACGCGCCAUUACCCAACCAGACCCGACAAACGGUGGUGGGAUACGAACUCCUCGCCAACGAGCUUAGCGGAUCGUCGCAGCCCAGCUCUCAUGACCGGAAGAAUCUCGUGCCCAUGUACCGAAAGUUUGAGCAUCUAAACCACCGAGUCUUGCUCCAUCUGCAAGACGAAACGUGCGAACUGGAGGAAGAGCUGCGUCACCUAGACGAGUGCAUUGCCCAGAUGUCGCCUCGGGAUGCGUCAGGAUACGCGUACCCUGCGUCGCGGCGGGGUGAUGCACGCUACGGAAGUGAAAUGCACUUCAAGAGGACCGAACUCCUGGGGCGCAUCUACCAGAAGCUAGAGCAAUACAACAAGGCUUUAUCUUCGUUUAGCAAGCUCUCGAAAAGUCUUAAUCCUGCGUCUACGGAGGAUAUCCAAGCCUAUCGUGAGUGGAUGGAUGAGCACGACCCGAUCAAUGAGGAGGAAUCCCAAUUUCUCGAGGAAGACUCGGACCUAGUGACUCUUCCGCGGAAAGUUCCUUCUUCCACAUCUUUUUCUCCUCCCAGCACGGCAGCUCCGGCUGCCGGCCAAGAUCAGUCAGCAAUAUGGUUUCCACUAACCCUGGUACUACCCCUCAUGGCGUUUUCCAUAGUCCCCAGCUUGCUUGGACGGCUCCUCGUUAUCGUGCUUAUCGUUGGUGCGGAGCUAAAGAUGGUCACGUCGACCCCUCAGCUCAGGAAUAUGCUGUCUACACGUGAGUGGGCUGCGGCAGCUUCAGUGUAAGUCACGUCCUUUCUCUUUCUCUAAUUCCCGCCCGCGAUGCAAGGCCGUGACGUCGUCUACAUCCUCAAACGGAAAGACGGGCGCGUGGGGCGACAAACUCUCACCACGUUCGGAAAUUUCCAGGACAUGCUUCCGGACGGAAACAUGUCAGAAACGUCUUUUUACCCACGCAUUAUCCGGUGCCUUGGCCGGUUCCUGAGGCCGCGCGCGGGUGGUUGCUGCAGUUGGUGAGAUGAGGAGGCUAACGCAAGCAGCUAUUUCGGGGUGAAUGUGCUCC